AUGUCUUCACAACAAUCUGGUCGCAGUUCCUCCGCCUCGUCUCGGUCACAGUCAAGCAAGAACCCGCCCGAUAAACAAAUAUCUCAAAUCGAAAAGAGCGUAACACAUCUAUUAGUCGCGACAAAACAACUCCUUGAAACUCUCACACAAUGGUCCCGCAAGCAGGCCUCGGAAAACGAUGUUUCGGACGUGUACGUGCGACUGGGUUAUGAGUUCAACCUGGCCUGUAGGGCCUUUAGUGCUAUCGGCGUCGAUACCUCCGACCUGGGCCCUGUUCCUGACCUCCUCCGGACCAUCCUUGAAGACACCCUCAGCCAAGAUGCCUCCGCGCAAAGCCUCGAUCGAUAUCUCCCCCGAAUCCGCGAUAUCAUAAUAAAUCUUCUCCAUGGACUCAAGAAGAAGCAGGCUCGUUUACGCUCACGGCAGCAACGCGAUGAUGGCAGGCCUUCGACAGGGCGGCAGGCCAGUGCGGGAAGCAUCGCUAGCGGACAGGCCAUCGGCCAGCUGUAUGAUGAAGCCGCAGCCUCUACGAUGCCAUCGACAGCCCAGUCCCCGAAACGAUCUAACCGACGAUUUGGUAGCGGUGGCUCUCUGGAGGACCAACCGGCCAUCAAUCGAACUUCUUCGGCGCCUUCGGCGAGUGACACACGGGGCAGCAGCUACACCGAAAGAGAGACCUCUCGGCGAGAGGCGCAACAAAUGCUCUCUCAGCCCUCCCCCAUGGAGGGUGACACAACCCCUCGGCCAGCUAAUACCCAACCCCCUACCUAUACAACCCCGACUGGAUUCCCUGCACCUCCACCCCCCCCACCACCACCACCAAAAGAGGAUGAUGCACUGGGCGCCUUACAGCGAAGCGGCGAGCUUGAACGACGUGCAUCUCGUCGAUUCUCCGCAUACCAGAUCCAGAAGCACUUGGGCACCUCCACCAACGGUGUUCCCGUCCUCCCUACCCAAAAUUCUCCCAUCCCCAACCGUGGCCGCGAUGUCCGUGAAUCGCUAAAUGCAGUUCGCCUUCGAGGUUCUUACACUCACACAAGACAACGAUCCAACAACCGUCUCCAAGAAGCCGCCAAGGGCGCACAGGCGCAGACACCUGCAAAAAUUCCGGAUGUGGUGAAGGAGGAACCAACACCGCCAUCUACGGCGCAGGCUCCAGAACCAGCUGCUGAGACUGCACCCGAAGCGCCCGAGAAGGAUGAUUCCGGGAGCAAGCACAACUCCGGAGAAUCCGCUAUUGUUCCGCCUCCAAUCGUCCCCCAACCCCAGGAGAAGUCGCUCGAGGAAGCCUUUGAGCCCGCGAAGCCAGCACCGCAGACUCCCAAGGGUGACAUCUUCGGACCAUCCCAGAUCGCGACACCUCCUUCGGCUGCGCAAUUUUCUACUGAACAGCCUUCGCCCGGUAAGGAGCUUACAUUGUUCCUGCAAUACAAGAGCAAAAUCAAGAAGUAUGUCCUCCCGGAUGGCAUUGCAGAACUUACAAUUGGACGUCUACAACUUGCAUUCAUUGAAAAAUUCGCCUGGAACACCCACGACAACGGCGUGGACCUGCCUGAAAUCUACAUCCAAGACCCAAUUUCAGGUAUCCGUCAUGAAUUGGAGGAUCUCAAUGAUGUAAAGGACCGGUCCGUCCUGGUUCUGAACGUGGACAACCUGGAUGAGGUGAAGAAGCACUUUGACGACGGCCUUGGAAGCGUGCGUCUUCUCGUGGAAGGUGUCAAGGAGGCUCUCUCUGGCCAGGGAAACGCCAUCCAACGAGUUUCAGAACGCCAGGUCGAGGCUGCCAAAGAAAUAGCACGCCUGGCUGCCGCCCCUCCCAAAUCGGCUGCCACUGGCUCGAAUGCAGUGGUUGCUGGAAGUGGUAGCCAGCUCGCAGAACUACAAAGCUUGCGUCGUGACCUGGCUGUUUUGCGACAGACCUACUCUAACUUUACGGCAGAUGUCAAUACCUCAAUGAGUGCUGUUCGUGCCAAGGCAAGUAAGGUCAAGACUGCUGCCGAAGACGUCACCAUCCCAUCAUACGAAGGCGACGCCGGCCGGGCUCGCGUCAACACCGGCAAGAAGGAGCUUGCAGGUGAAUCCGAGCGAUUGGUCGCUCGUGUCGAUGAUCUCCAAGACUUGGUUGAGGAUCUCCGUAAGGACGUGGUCACCCGUGGUGUCCGUCCUCUUCCCAGACAAUUGGAGGGUGUCAGCCGCGACAUCAGCACAGUCAUGAAGGAGAUCAAGAAAAUGCAAGACUUCUUGGGCCGCGAGAAGCCCAUUUGGACCAAGAUUUGGGAGAAGGAGUUGCAGUUGGUUUGCGAGGAGCGAGACCAGCUUACCAUGCAGGAAGACUUGGCUGCCGAUCUACAAGACGAUCUCGAGAAGGCUACCCAGACAUUUGCAUUGGUCGAGCAAGCUACCAAGGAGCAAGUCAUGUCCAACGGAACCCCCGGCAGUGCGGCACGUGCUCCAUCUCGGACUCUUGGAAUUGAUCCCACUGUCGACCCAAUGAAGGCCAAGGAUGGUGUUCUUGGUGAAGUCCGCGCCUUGCAGCCCAACCAUGAAAGCCGACUUGAGGCGAUUGAACGAGCAGAGAAAGCUCGGGCGAAGGAGCUCGAGACGCGACGAAUUGGCCUGUUCCAGAAGGAACUUGGGGCCUUUGUUGAAGAAGGAAAACUGAAGAAGAGUGGUGGUUUCGAAGAGACUGAGCGCCUUCGCACUGCCAAGGAUGAUCGCAUCCGAAGGGAAGUUUGGGAGAGGCAGCAAGCACGUAAUAUUGAGAUGGCGAGAUUGGAGGCGGAAGCUAUCGCUGCUCAGGCUGGACAGACUACCGAGGCCAAGGAAGAGGGUGAGGGCGAUGGUGGUGAUGGUGAUGCCCAGGAAUCGGGUGACACCGAGAAGGCAGCCGACGAUGAAGACGCCAAAGAGCCAGCGAAGGAGGACUCGGCGAGCGAUGAAAAGCCACUACCGGCCGAACCUGAGGAAAAGAAAGAAGGCUCCGACGGUCUCCCCUCUUCGCCUGCCUUGCUCUAG